GGGCAAGCGAGCCUCGCCCCCCUCCGCCAUUUAUUUCAGGCGUUUGCGUAGGCAGCCCUAAAAUGGCGCCCCCGGUGGCAGCGGCCUUGCUGCUGGUGUAGCUGAUGGAGUUGAGCAGGGCGCGGGCCCUCCCGUCCCCCGCUGUACUCUGCCUUGGGGGCGCCUUUCAGCGCCGGCAUAGCAGCUGUCAGAAGGCCCGCGGCCUCGUUCCUUCCCCUCAGGAAGGAGACUGCUCGCGCCGGGUGGCCUCGUGUUGCUAGCUCGACGUGUGUGUUCUCCAGCCUGCGGUCACUCUGGUGUUAGCACUCUUAGAGCCAGCGGUGGCUUGGGUUUCCAGGACAGCCGCUAGCCCUGGUUCUGGUGAGCACCCUUACCGGGCUUGGACUUUGGAUCCCCUUUGGCUGUUGCCAUGUUGUUUCUUCAUAAGCUGCUUAGGUUGGAAAUCAGUUCAGAGGUUUGAGAUUGGCGAUGAUGACUACAUCUUUCCACACAGUGACCAUCCAGACUCGCACGGUGCCAAGUAGUACCCCACCAGGUGAGAUGACUCUCCACAAUUAUCCAGCUGCCUGGCAGGAACAUGGUUUUGAGGACUUGGGGCAUCCUGGAAUGCCGUCAAAGCCUGGAGAAGACCACCAGAGCAAGAUAAAUCGGGCUUAUGAACCGGGCUCAGAUAAUGUCAUCGAGAGAACCACAGAGCUUUACAAUCCCCUGAGCCCCCCAGCUGUUUCCGGUCCCAGAGAUCCUGGAAAGUUGUACACUAUAGGUGCAGUAGCGGCUGUUGUUUUUCUGCAAGUUACAAUUGUGUUGGGCUAUGUCGUGGUCUGGUGGCGAAGGAAGAAGAAAGCGCCCGUCGCUGGAGCUUCAGCUGACCAGCUGGAAAACGGCAGCUGCCCCUCACGCCCGGACAGCCAGUGCAGCUGCCCCUCGCGCCCGGGCAGCCAGUGCAGCUGCCCCUCGCGCCCGGACAGCCAGUGCAGCUGCCCCUCGCGCCCGGACAGCCAGUGCAGCUGCCCAUGGUGCUCAGACAGCCAGUGCAGCUGCCCCUCGUGCCCCGACAGCCCGAUCAGCUGGCCCUCGUACCUGGACAGCCAGAGCAGCUACCCCUCACGCCCAGACAGCCAGAGCAGCUGCCCCUCGUGCCCGGACAGCCAGAGCAGCUGCCCCUCACGCCCGGACAGCUGGACACAACAGGAGCCUCUCCCACCUGGAAGAGCAGAGAACCAGGCCUCCCCACGGCCCCCAUGCCAUCUGAGCCCAUCCCCGGCCAGCCUGCAGCAGAGCAGACAGAGCAGCGCUGUUCAGCCCAUGACGGACGAGCACUUCCCCCUGCGCCUCCCAAGCCCAUUUCUGGCCCCCAGGCAGCAGAGGAAACAGCCCAGGACUCUCCAGCACCCGACCAAAAAGCAACGGCCCCCACGCCCACCAAGCCCUCACCCAGUUGCCCUGGAGCGCAGGAGACAGUCCAGCAGCCUCCAGCCCCAGGACCAACCGCAGUCGCCCUCACACCCCCCGAGCAGAUUACCGUCCACCCUGCAGCAGCAAGACUAGGACAGUGUCCAACGGCCCCAGCACCAACCACACAGGCCCCCAAGCCCUCCGAGACCGCUGCUCCAGCCGUACAGCAGGGGCUGAAGGCAGCCACACCAGGGUAGGAGCUGGGGCGCACUGAGUAGAGCCCCAACCGACGGCUUCGG